GAAGCAGAGUUUGUUGUGGGCGACAGCGAGAUUUUAACACCUAAUUAACGAGAUUUAAAAAAACUAACUAUAAUUUAGCGAAUCAGAGUCAAACAAAACAUCGGCAGACAUGGCGAAAAUGGCAUUUCAGCACCAGGCCGGCACGGCGAUGGAGUGUUUGAGUAUUCCCAUCACGCUGCACAAGGAGAAGGACUACGACCAGGAGGGACGCGAGAUUCUCAAGUGCGGCUUCAAGAUCGGCGGGGGAAUCGACCAGGACUACAAGAAGAGUCCCCAAGGAUACACGGAUUAUGGCAUCUAUGUGACCGAAGUUCACGAGGGCAGUCCCGCCGCUCGAGCCGGUCUGCGGAUCCACGACAAGAUCCUCCAGUGCAAUGGCUACGACUUCACCAUGGUCACGCACAAAAAGGCCGUGAGCUACAUCCGGAAAAACCCCAUACUCAACAUGCUGGUGGCCCGCAAGGGCGUGACCUCCACAUAAGUGGUCCCCGGAGCAGGGUCUCCACUGACUCCAGCAGUAUUGAAGCGGCAUUUAAACUAACCCUCCACCGCCUCUCCUGGCCAAGGAUCUCUUUGCCCUUGCAACCUAUCCGACUACUUAGAUAUACCUUAUUAUAUAUAUAUAUAUUCAUAACUUAUGCAUAUCGCACACACAUGUAGCCAGCCGUAAAUGUAGCACCUAUAGUAUUGCUUCUUGUUGACUUCGAUUUCGGUUUCCCUGCCUUCCCCAUCACUUGUUGAACGAAUCGCCAAGCUCCCGAGCAUAGAACAGAUUGCCAAAUACCGAUAUAAACAAACAGUUCCGCAGACAUCAGACUCGAAUAUAAACAAUUUUGUACUUUUAUAUGUGCAGACCAUUCCAAAAAGCAAACCGAAGCAAAUGACGAACGCAGAGUUGUUGAAACAAACAUACAUUCAUAGUACAUACUUGUGAUAAAUGACUUUAACUGUGCAGAUAUGUGCGAAGAAAGCGCAUCACCUAAGUUUUAUAAAUUGAGUUUUUAAUGUUAAAUUGCAUUUGAAUAAAUGUUUGCUAAAUAAAUGUGCGAAAUAUAUUAUAUUAAA